UGCAUUUUAAUGCUUGGAGCACUAUUCUUUUCCGCUGUUUUGGCUUUCAUUAACAUGCAUGGUUGGUGUAUCCCGAUCAAACCGAUAGCAUGCUCUGUUUUGAUUUAGAGUUUUUGCUCAAGGUGAUCCUUUCAUUUAACGAUUAUUAUUUUUUGAGAACACAUGUAACGAUUAUCAUUUGCAAAUCCCAUGCUUGCAAGGGUAUUCAGGCCAUGCUGAGGGCAUGAUGCUUGAUUGAAGGUUUGGGUUAUCUGAUACAGAGCAAUAAAUUGGAGAAUAAGGAGUGAUUUAGGGAGACCAUUCACUGGAACGUGCCCCCAUCUGAAUCCUACAGCGCUGCCAUUUCUAGCUGAAGGAUGUUCUCGGCUGGACAGGCAGGAUCUCUUAAGAAGUUCAUGAGCAUCAUCAACCCAACAUAAUUGUUCGUAAAUCUUGAAGUCUUUGCCGCAUAUUCCUCUUUGGUGGGGCUUGGAGAUCUCAUCCUUCAGAUCAAUCAACUUUGCUCCUUUUCCAUGGCUCAGGAUUGCAAGCAACAGAUCCCGGGCAGGUCUAAUGCUACUUUUUCUAAAGCUUCCCCCUGGUUUCCUUAUUGUUAUGGGUAGGGUGCGAUGCCUUUUCUGCCUCAGUAUGAAACCAGAUUUCCUGCUCUCAUGGUAGCCACCUGCAAUAAUCUGAUUCCCUAAAAUAAAGUAAAGGAAUCAAUAUUAGACAAGGAAAAGAAGGAUCUCAUGAUCCUAGGGUGGUGUAGGUGAAGCAAUCCCAUGUUCUCAAACUAAAGCAGGCACCGAAAGCCGUGCCUCGAUUCAUCCUUUCUUUCUGUCCCACAAAAGCAUCAUUCAAACUUGCGAGCUCGACCUUCCUCUCUCUCCCAUAACCAAAGCAUCCAAACUUCCUGCCUACAAAUCUGACCACCCAACCCCAACACCACCCCCCCUCCUCUCUCUCUCUCUCUCUCCAUCUGUUGAUCUCCCAAUCAAUGGAAGACGAGGACGACACCUGCAAAGUCCUCAUCGAGCCCCUUGACGGCCGCUCUGACCGCUUUGAAGACGAGAGUGCCGAUGAGCCCAACCUCAUCUACGUCCUCAACUUGAUCCUCGGUGGCACCGCCCGCCUCAACGUCCUCCUCCCCACCGCCACCAUCCUCACCUUCACCAUCUUCGCCCCCCUCCUCACCAACGACGGCAGGUGCGAGGACCUCAACCGCUGGCUCAUGGCCUCCUUCGUCGCCCUCUGCGCCGCCUCCUGCGUCUUCUUCACAUUCACCGAUAGCUUCCGAGCCGUUUCGGGGAGGCUGUACUACGGCGUCGCAACGUUCGGAGGGAUCUGGACGUUCAGCGGGCGCCGGAAGGCACAACCGGAGCCGGCGGUGUACAAGCUUAGAUGGUCGGACCUCUUCCAUGCACUACUGUCGCUGGUGGCGUUUCUGACUUUCGCGGCGUCGCACAAUGACGUAGUGCUGUGCUAUUACCCUCGGAUACCUCGGAAGGUGAUCAAUACGGUGCCGCUUGUAGUUGGCUUCGUGGUGAGCCUUCUGUUCGUGGUGUUUCCUUCCAGGAGGAGGGGGAUUGGUUACCCUUUCUUGCUGCAGAGGGAUGCCGUUUACUUGAGGCGCUGAGCUACUCCAUCUUUGCUUCCAUGCUGUGCUCUUAGUCUUGGUACAGGAACUCGUAAACAUUCCGGAAAUGAAUAAGACGUCUAGUCAUCAAGGCUGUGGUCAAAUACGAGGCACGUCAACCCGAAGGGAAAUAGAGAUAUGCCAAUUCUUUUACCGUAACUUUCAUAAAAAAAAACAAAAUCUUUUCCGUAACUUAUAAUUGGAACACGAGGCAUGUGAAUUUUUCAUUAUAUUUAACGUUGCCACGGUUCAAUUUGCAGCUUCCGGUGGCACUAAUUUUCUUUUUAUUCCCAAUCAUAUCUCACACUGAACAAAUAGAUGCUUGGGUUGUAUCUUUCGUGUUGACGAACGAUUAAUCUUCUUUUAUGAUAUCUAUCAUUAGAUUGCAUACUACAUAGCUCU